AUGCUGGACGCAAGGCGACCAACCAGCCGGACAGCUACUCAGCCGGGCAGCCACCCAGCCGGGCAGCCAGUCAGCCGGGCAGCCAACCAGCCGGGCAGCCAGCCAGCCGAACAGCCAAGUAGUAAAAGUAGUAGUAGUAGUAGUAGUAGUAAUGGUAGUAGUAGU